AUGGAUCUUUCGGCCCUAUCACACCCUAAUGAGAGGAUCAGUGAAAGAGACUAUGUAGGAGGGGCAGUUAGAAGAUUCGCUUAUACUGCACCACUUAAGAUUGGCUCACUAGAAGAUGAGGUUCGCAUUGCGUUUCAGACAACAAGAAACCUUUUCUGGGUCCCAACUCGUAAUUGUGACUCCUACCAAUUUCAGAACAAGCGAGACACAAUCACUGGGUUCUAUCAGUGUGACUCUAAUGGCGUUUACUUACCGUCUAAACUGACUUCGUUCAGAAACACUGGUUACCUAUUCCAUUGGUGGUAUUCUGAAACGGAUACUGGAGGCGCUUCGGGGUACUUUGGUUAUGAUAAGGUUCAAUACGGUGUUUACUCAGGUAAUGUGACCUUUGGGAUUGCUACAGCUGACUUAUUUGGUGAAAUUGGUUUGGGUUUUCCAGAUCUCCAAAUUUUAGAUACCGACUCGACUUUAGGCGGGGUCACUUUUUCGCAACAGCUACUUGAGAAUGGAGACAUCGAAAGUAGCGCGUAUUCUUUUCAAUUGGGAAUCAACAACGCUUCUGAGGGUACCCUUCUACUUGGCGCUGUUGACCAUAGUAAAUAUGAAGGGAAACUCCAAAAGGUGAAAAUGGUUGACUUGUAUACUGAUGGCUCAGAUUCUAUUCUGAUUCUACUAGAUGGAUAUCUGGGCGACGGUUUCAGCUCAGAAAUGAAUAUAUCUGUUCUUGUUACGACUAUCGCGGGCUGA